AUGAUGGUGACCAUGGAUAUACGAGUCCCGCUUCUGCUAGCGUUGAUCGCAAUGAUCGAUCUCGUCAGCACGCUGCGGGACGUGCGCGUCAGUGUUCCGGUCGCUAUCCGGCGGGGCGAUAAUGCAAAUUUGAUCUGCCAUUACGACAUGGAGGGCGCCGAGCUGUACUCCGUCAAGUGGUACAAGGGAAAGCGAGAGUUUUUCCGCUACACACCGAAGGAGAUCCCCGCGCUGAAGUCGUUCGUCGUGGCGGGCCUUUCGGUUGAGCGGCCUCUAUCUAACGGAAGUCACCUAACACUGAUGGCCGUGGAAUCGGCAGCGGCCGGCAAGUACAGCUGCGAAGUGUCCGCGGAUUUGCCCUCUUUCGACACGAUGAUCGUGUCCAGUGAGCUGGAAGUGGUCGAUAUUCCGGUAACGAAGCCGCUAAUUACGGGCAUCAAGCAGUUCUAUCGAAUAGGCGACGUCGUGUAUGGUAACUGCACGUCUUACAACUCGAAACCUGCUGCCAAUCUCACCUGGCUGCUGGAUGACAAAAAGAUCAAUGCAUCACAAAUGACGCCGUACCCGGUCUACAAGGAUCACCGCAGCGGACUCGAAACCUCCACGUUAGGGAUAUUUUUCAAACUCUCGCAUCACUUCCACGGACGAAGCAAACUGAAAUUUAGCUGCGUGGCUAAAAUUCACAACGUCUACGAGCAGCGCGUCGAUCGGUGGAUCGAGGACGAGCGGCCCAAGCUGUUGGCUGCGUCGGCGUCUCCUGUCGGGCUCAAUCCGGUCAACUACGUGCAUCCGGUGUACGAUCAGUCGUCGGCUUCGUCCUCCUAUCACCACCACGACGGCAGCGAUUUCGACAAUCAGAACAGUGACGCCUACAUGACGCAGAUACAAGGAGACAUGUCAUCCUCAGCUUCCAGCCCAAGCCGGUGGUGGACGAUCGCGCUUUCGCUCGGCAUUCUGCAACCGGCCAGUCGAGCGGCACUCGCAACCGUUAUGCAAAUGGUGCCCUCGAUCCUGGCGGUCCUGCUGACCCUUCCCAUCGCUUCCGGAGGGCAACUGACGCGAGCUCACGAAGGGCCCGUUCUUCCACCGUUCCGUACCAUCUGA